AUGGAUAAAAGGAAGACAAAAAAUGAGAGUACAAAUAAGAAGGAAGAAACUGACGAGGAAGAAGAUACAAAGGAUGAUGAAGAGGAAAAAGUCCCAGGGAAAAGGAGAAGAUGUGUAAAAGAGGGUUAUGUGCAGUAUCGCUGCACAAUGCUUGCAUUUCUGAAAACAAUUGCAGAAAACAAAAAUAACCUGACUGAAGGGACUUUAGAGCUGCUGCAGAAAACUCCCUUUGCAACGCUGAUAGAUGCAUUCCAUGGCGGAGUGCCGGGAUCCGGGUUAUCAGUACCAAAGACCAAAGAAGGGGCAUACAGAUUUGAGUUCGUGACUAAAUACUUUGACAAAAAGCAGAGGAUCAACAUGGCGGCUGCAGAGGAAGCUUUGAAGAAGGCAUUGGCAGAAACUCCAGAAACAGGGGAAGAAAAAACGAAAUGGGACAGAAAUGUUGCCGUUCCAACUGGUCAGGUCACUGAGCAAGUCAUUGACUAUGUCACUGCUCAUAAAAUCUUUGAUAAAGUUAAAGAAGAUGCAGAGGAAGAAGAUUCUGAGUCUAAUACAGACACAGAAAGUAAAGAAAAAAAGAAUGAUGGGCAAGAAGAAAAUGUUGAAAAUAGAACCAGUGGAAACAUGGUGAAGGAGACUGCAUGGAAUGAUAAACAGAAGAAAGAAUUAGAGACAAAUCUUCAGAAAAAGGAAGAAAAGCUAAGAGAUGUGGAAAUAGAGAAAAGGGCUUGGAAGAAAAAAUAA